AGGGCUGAGCGGAAGGGGGGUGGGGGGGGGGCACGAUUGCAUGGCACAUGCCAAUAAGUUACGCUGUCUCCAGUGGAUGGACUCUGAUGUGAUGUGGAUCCGAGUACGCACGUUUUCUCUCUGACAGCCGCAUCCUCUGGUCCUCCGUGGAGUGGCGUUGGAGUCAACCCCAACUGGGAAGCAACAGGACAGAGCAAUGUCACAGCUGUAUUACAGAAAAGCGGACAACUCCUCAUACAGGGACCGCAUCCCUCUGCGGAUCGUCCGGGCCGAAUCUGAGCUCUCUGCUCUGGAGAAGGCCUACCUGGGGGCUGUGGACAAGGGGGACUUUGCCAGUGUGAAACAAGCCCUGGUGGAGGCUGAGAUCUACUUCCGGAUCAACAUCAACUGCAUCGACCCCCUGGGGCGCACAGCGUUGCUCAUUGCCAUAGACAAUGAGAACCUGGAGAUCAUUGACCUGCUGCUCAGCUUUAAUGUAUAUGUGGGGGAUGCCCUGCUGCAUGCCAUCCGGAAAGGAGUGGUGGGGGCCGUGGAGCUGCUGCUCAACCACAAGAAGCCCCGUGGGGAAAAACAGGUCCCACCAAUUCUACUCGACAGACAGUUUUCAGACUUCACCCCAGACAUCACUCCCAUCAUCCUCGCAGCCCACACCAACAACUAUGAGAUCAUCAAACUGCUAGUGCAGCGAGGUGUUUCCGUACCUCAGCCACAUGCUGUGCGCUGCAACUGCGUGGAGUGUGUGUCCAGUUCCGACGUGGACAGCCUACGCCACUCGCGCUCCCGCCUUAACAUCUACAAGGCCCUCGCCAGCCCGUCCCUGAUUGCUCUCUCCAGCGAGGAUCCUUUCCUCACGGCCUUCCAGCUCAGCUGGGAGCUGAAGGAGCUCAGCAGGGUAGAGAACGAGUUCAAGUCCGAGUAUGAGGAGCUGUCCCAUAUGUGUAAACAAUUUGCAAAGGACCUCUUGGACCAGACCCGAAGCUCUAAGGAAUUGGAAAUAAUACUCAACUACCGUGAUGACAUGAACCCUCUGCUGGAUGAGACCACUAAUGAUCUGGCCCGACUGAAGCUGGCUAUCAAAUUUUGCCAGAAAGAGUUUGUUGCUCAACCCAAUUGUCAGCAGCUGCUGGCGUCUCGGUGGUAUGAUGAGUUUCCAGGCUGGAGGAGGCGUCACUGGGCAGGAAAACUCAUCACAUGUAUCUUCAUUGGCCUCCUCUUCCCACUGCUAUCCAUCUUAUACCUGAUCUCUCCAAAGAGCCGCUAUGGCUUAUUCAUCCGCAAGCCCUUCAUCAAGUUCAUCUGUCACACUUCUUCCUACCUGACCUUCCUCUUCCUGCUCUUCUUGGCCUCACAGCACAUAGCCGCGGCACACCCGGAACAUCAAGGCCCAAAACCCACCACCGUGGAAUGGAUGAUCCUGCCCUGGGUGCUUGGUUUUAUAUGGACUGAGAUCAAGCAGAUGUGGGAUAGUGGUUUCCAAGACUACCUAGAUGACUGGUGGAACUUAAUGGACUUCAUAAUGAACUCUUUGUAUCUUGCAACAAUUUCUCUGAAAAUUGUUGCCUUUGCAAAGUACAGUGGGCACAAACCCAGAGACAGCUGGGAAAUGUGGCACCCGACUUUGGUUGCAGAGGCAUUGUUUGCCAUCGCCAACAUCUUCAGCUCCUUGCGCCUCAUCUGCCUUUUCACUGCCAACUCCCAUCUGGGCCCCUUACAGAUCUCACUGGGCCGCAUGCUCCUGGACAUCCUCAAGUUUCUCUUCAUCUACUGUCUGGUGCUCCUAGCCUUUGCCAAUGGCCUAAACCAGCUGUACUUCUAUUAUGAAACCGAGGAUGUUAAGUGCAAGGGGAUUCGCUGUGAAAAGCAAAACAACGCCUUCUCAACGCUGUUCGAGACACUACAGUCAUUAUUUUGGUCUAUAUUUGGCCUGAUUUCCCUCUAUGUGACCAAUGUGGAACCGGGACAUGAAUUUACUGAGUUUGUGGGCUCUACCAUGUUUGGCACGUACAAUGUCAUCUCCCUGGUAGUGCUUCUGAACAUGCUUAUUGCAAUGAUGAACAACUCCUACCAGCACAUUGCUGAUCAUGCAGACAUAGAAUGGAAAUUUGCAAGAACAAAAUUAUGGAUGAGCUAUUUUGAAGAAGGGGGAACUUUGCCAUCUCCAUUCAAUAUAAUACCAAGUCCAAAGUCAGUUUAUUAUUUAUUUGGAUGGAUAAAGACGCUGUUGUUUAAGAGAACAAGCAUAAUAAGGCUCGAAACCUUCGAAAGUUUGGGGAGACGCGCAGCCGAAAAUGUAAGAGUAAACCACGUGUAUCAGGAAGUUUUGAGGAACCUUGUUAAGCGAUAUGUGGCCGCAAUGAUCAGAGAUGCUAAGACAGAGGAAGGCCUGACAGAAGACAAUUUCAAGGAGCUAAAGCAAGAUAUCUCCAGCUUCCGCUAUGAAGUCCUGGGAAUGAUGAAGGGGAACCCUCAAGGUGGUAACGUUGCAAGCUCCACCUUGGCAUACCCUGGAAACUCAUUCAAAUAUUCUCCUAAAUUCCCUAUUGAUGAGCCUCAACAGACACUAAACGUGUUUGAUUUGACCGUCCCAACCCUGCCCAUCACCAGGUCUGGAUCCCUCCAGAGACACAGCAGGCUCCCUUCUCAGAAAUGUGAUGAAAUAUACUCAUUGUCAGAGGAAGAUACGGUGGGAUCUAGUGGACGAAACCCAAACCUACUUCAUACUGAGAAAGUAAUUGUGGAAGUCUUACAGAAAGUGGAGAAAGGACUUUCAGGAGAUUGAACAUCUCCUGAAAUUGCAAUGAACACACUGAGGAAG